AUGGGCUCGGGUAUUGAUGAGAACCGAGUGGGCGCUCUGGAAGAGUGCAGGAAGUACACGCAGAUGGCAGAGAUUGAUGUGCAGCUAAGCAUGGACCUGGAUGUUUUUGUUAGGCACGACCUGAACGUGGGGGACGUUCUCGUUGAGGACAUGCAGACAGAGCACCUGCAGAACGCGCUUGGGCUUCCGCUGUUGUCGGAGGUUUUGGCAGGGACGGGGAUAGAUUUGAACGUGGAAGUGAAGUACGAGGCGCAAAAGAUCAGCAGGGAGGUUUGGUGCGAGUGCGUGGUGAGCACGGUCGAGAAGGGAAGGCGCGGGAGGUACGUUGUGUACAGCUCGUUUGACAGGGGAGUGUGCGAGAUCCUGAAAAGGCGCGGCCUGGAGACGCUGUUUCUCGUGGAAGAGCUCGUGGAGGAGUCUGUUGUGUACGCGGAAAAAAUGCAGUAUAUGGGAAUAGUCACGGACGCAAGCAGUAUUUGGAUGCAAACGGAUCUUAUCGAAAAUAUGCAGGAGAAAAACAUGUGCCUGCUCACAUACGGAAAAGACAAUACAGACCCAGGAAAAGCGAAAAAACAGAUUUCCAUGGGGGUGCACGGGAUAAUAACCGACGCAGUGCCAGAAAUAGCGAGAUGCUUAGAGCAGAUGCCCUAG